AUGGGGUCAGGCGCAUCCGGCAGGCUCCGCCACACGGACAGCACCGCCCCCUCCCCACGGCACUCUCCUGUCAAACCUGAAGGGCGUCAGCCAGGCCAGCGAAGGCAAGCCCCGGCCGGCACACUCAAGGCUCUGCCAGCUGCUCGGAGAAAACGUCAGAUGACCGCGCAGCAGGUCGGCGCAGAGUUCCGGGGCCGCCACGCCCGCCAUGCCGGCCAGCAGCUUCCAAGCUCACCGCGGGGGCAGGCGGAGGGGGCGGCUCAGCAGAUGGGCUCGUCUGGCCGCACUGGAGGGCCCACGGGAUUGGAGGACACACUUGAGCUAAACAGCCAAGACAGGAAUAAAACAGCUGCUUUGUCCACCAUAAAGCUGGAUGGAGUACGACGGGAGCGAAGGUCCACACCCGAGGAACCGCUAAGACCGGGCUCUAAGCCUGGGGCCUGGGCGAAGGCCAAGCCUCAGUGUUUCCAUCUGUGGAUGGGCAUGGGGAAAGGCGGUCCAGGCAGCGGGGAGGAGCUGGCCCGCCAAGAUGUCCCUCCUCCAGCCCAGGGCCUGGGCCCACUGCCACUCUCCGGGAGCCACGCUGAGGCCGGCGACAAGGGUCUCCCAGCUCCCGAGCGCAGCCGGCUGGAGCCAGCGCCCAGCCCCUUCCCGCCGGGAAGCGUGACUCAGCGGUUCUCGCCGCGGGCGCGAGGCCUCGCUCGCAUCCUCCGCCCCGGUGGACACCCGCCUCCUCCCCGGGCGCUGCCUGGCCACCAAUGCCACCGGCCCCGCGCGCUCCCGGCCCCGCGCGUCCGCAUUUCCCGCGGCGCCAGCGACGCGCCGCCCGGGGACUCAGAGCCCCCCGCCCACCGGGGCCCCUUGGCCGCGCGGCCAGCAGCCCCUCGGGAGGAGGCUGAGGACGAGGGUCCCCGCCACAGCACGCUGACUCCCCGCGCCUGCAUCCUGGGUCGGCUGGGAGCUGUCCCCACUGUCCCCUGGGCAAGGUCAGCGCGGAGCGACCCCUGCAAGUUGCCAGCCUAUACCGAGGGCACCGAGCCCAGGGCCGCCACCAACUCGAGGGAGCUGGGAGGGCCCGAUUGGGUGACAUGUCCCGCUUUGGGGGAAUCCUGA